GUUUUCCAACUCGUCUUUCUUGGUUCUAAACAAUGUCUUCCGCCGGGGUUACGGUCGCCGACGGCGGCCCUCAGCUCUACUUCUGCCACCAGUGCAACCGCACCGUCACCAUCAUUCCUUCCCCUACUUCCGAUCUGAUCUGCCCCACUUGCCACUCUGGCUUCGUCGAAGAAUUUGAAAACCCUAAUAAUGCUUACCCUAAUCCUGCCUAUUCUCCCGACCCGUUUUUCUCCUCCGAUCCGGUGGGGUCAUUCUUGCAAGACCUCUUCGUCGGCCCGCAGCGAAACCCCGGUAGUUUGUUUACCGGGUCUCGGGUUUCGGGUCGAAGAUCUCAAUACGGGGCAGAAGAUUUUGACCCUUUUGCUUACAUUGUUAAUCACGUCUUGGCUCGUCGGAAUGCCGGCGAACAAUUCCAUUUCAUGUUUGGCGACGACCAUGCUGGCAUAGAAGGGUUUCAAUUCCCGGGGAGUAUUGGAGAUUACUUUUUGGGGCCAGGGUUUGAGCAAUUGAUUCAGCAGUUGGCCGAGAACGACCCCAACCGAUAUGGGACGCCGCCAGCCUCGAAAACUGCGGUGGAGGGAUUGCCGGAUGUUAAGGUGGAUGAGGGUAUGAUGAAAUCGGAGCUGGCGCAAUGCGCUGUUUGUAAAGAUGAUUUUGAGCUGGGUGUAUUGGUCAAGCAGAUGCCUUGUAAGCAUGUUUACCACAAGGAUUGCAUACUUCCGUGGUUGGAAUUGCAUAAUUCGUGCCCAGUUUGUCGGUAUGAGUUGCCUACUGAUGAUCCAGACUAUGAGAGCCGAGAGAGGAGUGGGUCAGGAGAUUCGAACGCUUCUUCUUCAGGGUCUGGAAGUUCUGGUGGGAAUUCGCAGGGGCAAAGGAGGGUAGAGAGAGUGCUUACACUUCCUUGGUCGUUGCUGCUUGGAGCUUUUGGGUCAACAGGCCAUACUGGGGGAUCAGAUUCUAGCAGGCAGCCUCAGAACAGGGACUCCAAUUAAAUAUGUUAUAGGAUUUACCCUGUUGGCUCAAUGGUUUGCUGCUGGUUCCAUGUCAGACGCUAUAAUGGUUGGGAUGGCUGAGUUUACUUCUAUAGUUUUGACGGACCACAGGAGGACACACAAUCACAAAUCGUGAUGGUUAUCAGACCUUUUUUUUCCCCUUGUCUGUCAUUUUCUUUAUCUUCCCUUGGUCUUUGCAUGACCAAAUCUUACAACUUUGUACAGUAAUAUCUAUAGGUUUGGUUCGUACCUAAUUACAAUGAUUUUGGUAUUAAUAUCGUAUGAUUAAGGGUGAGCCCCCAAGAUUUAAAUGCGA